CAUCAUUCAAAAAGUAAACACCCCUACGCCAAUGGUAUGAUUCAAAAUAGGAGUCAUUACCGCGAUAUGGUUAUUACCGAUUUAAUUUAAACGCCUCACUGACACAAACUGCAUCGUUUUCUUUCGUCUUUUUUUAUAUCUACGCCACCAAAAACGAUGGCGAUGAGGCGUGGAGGUACUGGCCCGCCAGCGGAUGCCGACGAAAAAGUUCAGAAGCUCUGUGAUCACGUAAAGGCCAGUGCAGAGGCAAAAGCAGGGAAGACGUAUGAUGUUUUCACAGCCAAGAGCUACACGAAGCAGGUAGUGGCUGGGACCAACUACUUCAUUAAGGUCCAUGUGGGAGGAGACGAACAUGUUCACCUCCGUGUUCACGAAAAACUCCCAUGUUAUGGAGGAGAAAUAGAGCUGAGUAAUAUGCAGCACUCCAAGAGCCACCAAGACCCUAUUGAGUACUUCUAAUGGGAUUCUGAACCAAACAAAGCAUCAGUGCCUACAGGCUGCCAUCUCAUUAUAGUCAGUUCUGAUCAAAUUAUCCUUUUUUAAUUAUAUAAAAAAAUGCUGUUAUAAAAAAUAUGCAGUUCCCUUUCCUAGCAUGUUAUAACAGACAUGUGUCAAUGUUAUGUUUUACAAGAUCAGGGUUAAACAUUAUGGUUUUUUAAAAAACUUUUUUACUUGCCCAACGUAAAUUUGUGUUAAAAAGUGUUUUUUUAUUAGUGGUUAUCAAAUAAUGACAAAGAUUCAAGUUUUUUUAUUAGUGGUUAUCAAAUAAUGACAAAGACUCAAGUAUGUUGUAUUUGAUCUUAAUUUACAAUAAAUAAACACAUCAUGAACAGUGUCAUAGAUGAGUGAAAGUUCGUA